AUGGACAGCAUUACUUUGCUCCAGUUCACCCUCAGCAGUGUGCUUCUCACCCCUCUAAGUCAACUGAGGAUGAAGCUGUGGAACAAGUACAAGGUAACCAGUAUACCAUCUCUGGUGUUCGUGGAUGCCUCUACGGGGAAGGUGGUGUGUCGAAAUGGUCUACUGGUGGUCAGAGAUGACCCUAAAGGCCUGGAGUUCCCCUGGGGGCCAAAGCCAUUUGCAGAGGUGGUGGCAGGACCUCUGCUCAGGAACAACAGGCAGACGGCAGACGGCACCUCUCUGGAGGGACACUACGUGGGAGUGUACUUCUCGGCACACUGGUGCCCUCCUUGCCGCAGUUUGACCCGGGUCUUGGUGGAAUCAUAUCAAACCGUCAAAGAGGCGGGUCAGAAGUUUGAGAUCGUGUUUGUCAGCGCUGACAGGUCAGAGGAGUCCUUUAAGCAGUACUUCAGCGAGAUGCCCUGGUUGGCCGUGCCGUAUUCGGACGAGGGUCGCCGGUCACGACUCAACAGACUUUAUGGAAUACAAGGUAUUCCCACACUGAUUCUGCUGGACACAGAGGGUCACAUGAUCUCGCGACAGGGCCGUGUGGAGGUGCUGAAUGACCCAGAGUGCCGGCUCUUUCCAUGGCACCCUCGCCCUGUGCUGGAACUCAGCGAGUCCAACGCCGUGCAGCUGCACGAGGGGCCCUGCCUCGUCCUGUUUGUGGACGCGGAGGAGGAAGGUGAACUGGAGCCAGCCAAGGAGCUGAUUCAGCCAAUAGCGGAGAAGAUUAUGGCCAAGUACAAAGCCAAGGAGGAGGAAAUGCCGCUGCUGUUCUUUGUGGCGGGAGAGGUGAGAUAA